UCGUGUAGUGGCCAGUGGGUGAUUGGCCGUCCCCGUACCUACACUACACUACUACUUCGGCUACGGAACACAUUCCAUUAUCAUUAUUCAUCAACAACAUUCAACAAACGAUAACGUGCUAUUUUUGUAGGAAUAUAAUAAUUUGUAGUGUGUCUUUCGGUGUCAAGGACUGACUUCGUCUUCAAAAAUAAAUGAGCGUUAAUUGCUUCGUGAAACUUGCGACUAAAAAACUGGUGACCAAAAACAGUUUGAACAUGAUAUCAGUGAGACCCCUGCCGCCCGCCCUGGCGGAGAAGGCGCGCGUGGAGCUGGGCGAGACUCCCGAGGCGCUCACGGCCGGCAUACAGCAUCUCAAGGACUGGAUACACUCCCAGCCGCACUUGAGAGCUAGGACAGACGACCAAUGGUUGGCUACUUUUCUGCGGGGUUGCAAGUACAGAUUAGACGAAGUGAAGGCAAAAAUAGAUCUGUAUUAUAGUUUGAGGACUAUGGCUCCGGAAAUACGACAAUUAAAAUAUAAUGACCCAAAACUGAAUCAGUUAAUAGAACGUGGAACCUUUGUGAUGCUACCAACAACAAGAAAUGGUGCGAGGAUAACUAUGAUGAGGAUUGGCACCUAUGACCCCAGCGAGUAUACCGUAUUCGACAUGGCUUCACUUUACCAAUUGGUUUAUCAGAUAACUUUCAUGGAGGACGAUAAUAUGGCGGUGGCUGGCGUUGUCAACAUCAUAGACCUGAGGAACAGCAGGCUCGCCCACUACCUGCAAACUACACCGAGACAGUUGAGAAACCUCGUUUACGCUAACCAAGAUUCUUUGCCAGCGAGAAUAAAAGAAGUGCAUGUUAUCGGAGCUCCAAGAAUAUUUAUCGUUCUUAUGAAGUUCAUAAAGAGAUUCCUGUCAGAAAAAAUUAAAAACAGGAUUUACAUGCAUAGCGACAUAGACACGGUGUGCGAGUACGUACCCCGGGACUUGCUGCCUGCCGAGUACGGCGGGACGGCUUCUACUGUACCAGAAAUUGGCGAGUACUGGAAAGCAAAAAUUGCUGAGUACUACGACUUCUUCGAGGAAGAUCUACAGUUCGGCACGGAGGAGAGUUUGAGAGUCAAGGACAGCUUCGGCUGGUGGGGGAAGAGAGCUGCUCUCCGAGGCGACACAUAAAUAAUUUUAUAUUGUUUAAAAAAAUCUGUACAUUGUUAAUGCUUGAAUAAAUUGGUGAAACGAAAAGAAUUUUUAUCUAUUAAAGAAUGUUAAUAAAA